AUGCGAUUCCAGGGCCUCUUCAUCAGCCUCGGCCUUAGCUUUCUCCAGCUCGGUGCGAGCGGCUUUCAAGGGGACACUGAACGGUCGAUAGAUCACGCAGUAGCUGCACCGAAAGAACUAGCAGCGUCUACUCCACCCACAUAUCGCAUUCCGAAGCUCAAUAUCAAAUCGGGAAUUUGGAUGGUACCGGAGACUGGCGUCCGCUGUGGAUCGGUAGACUUCACCAACAAACAAAUCUAUCAAACGGGGGAAAUAGCCUGCGCAGAAUAUAAACUUAUGCGAAAGAAUUUUACUGUUAAAUUAGUUUCAGUGGGACAAGUUCAUCGAACACAUAGUCGUUUCAGUAGGCAGGGGCAAAAAUUUUACAUUUAUCCACUGAAUCCAUUAAGGCGCGAUAAAAACGGCAUCUACAAGCCUACGCCUUACGUUGUCAUCGACAAAAAAUGUAGAGUGAUCGCCAUCUACUUGCGCACAUUCUUGAAGUCCAAAACUCGAUUUAGGCCGAAAUCAAAAUAUGAUUUGUGCUGGGAAGGCCGCGACAUUCCGUAA